AUUAUCUAUUUUUUUUUCAAAGAAUAAUUGAAUCUAAACUAUGAAUGAAUUGACACAAAUAAACGAUUAUAUAAGGAAAGUAGAAGAACUAUAUAGUGAGUCUUUCUUUGAAAAAAGAAUUAAUUCCUUAAUACCAGAAGAAAAAAAUAGUAAGAAUAAUCAUUAUUCAAAGAUGAGAUUUAAUUAAUGAUGGAAUAAAUCAAUCAAGACUAAAGUGUUAUUGAUAAUUUAAUUUACAUUUCUCUAUUUUUAAUAGGAACUUUAUAAGCUAAACAAGAUGAAGACUUAGAAAAUUGUGAUUAUCAAGAAAAAUAAAGAAACCAACUUUAAAGUUAAUUAUAAUAAGAAAAAGAAGAAGUCAUUUAAUAUAAAGUUAUAUUUAUUUUAAUUAUUAUAGAGUUUGUAUCAUGAAAAAUGUUAAAUUGCUGAAGAAUAUUUAAAUGAGAUUUCAGAUCUAGAACAAUAAAUUUCAAAUCUUAGAAAUUUGAACAUACAACUAGAAAAUUAAAAUUUACAAAUUUAAAGAAGCUAAUUAGAUAAUGGAAGCAUCACAGAAAUCAUAUAACUCUAAGAAUAAUAAAUAGUUAAAAAUCAAAAUUAUUAAUAAGAAUUAUAAGCAAUGAAUCAAAAAUUAAAAUCAGAUUUGUAAGCUUAUUAAAUUGAAAUCAGUGAUUAUAAAGAUUAAAUAGAAGAAUUAAAUCUAAAUAUUAAAUAAAUGAGAUAUGAUUUAUCGUAAAUAAAAUUAUAAAAACAAUAGUAGGAUGUUUUAAUUUAAUCAUUAGAAUAAGAUCUGAAAAUAUAAAACGAAAUUGUAAUUGAUUAUGAAACUUAAAUAGAUCAAUUAAAAGAGUAACUCAGAAAAAUUCACAAUCCUUAGAUAAUUUAAUAUGAAAAAGUGAUUGAGAAAAAGCAAGAAGAAUAAGAUUAAAAUUUAUAAAAUAGUGCUUUUACCUAAAAUUUAGAUAUAAAUUAUUAAUAAAUACAGCCUAAUCUUAAAUUAUAACUACCUUUAUUAUCAUACAGAUAAUAAAUAUAUAAAUAUCAAAUACCGGAAGUUUCUGAGAGAUAAGAAUAAUCAGAUUAGACUUAAAAAGGAAUUUAAAAUGAAAGUUAAGUUUUUCCUGUUGUUUCUACAUUUGAAGGUAAUUAGAUUGAGAAAGAGAAUUUUAGAGAUAGAGUUAAAAGUGUUUAAGGAGAAACUAUGAUUGAAAAUACUCUAAAUUCAUCCUAAUUCAUUUCCUAAACAGCAAGAUUAGAUCAUAAUAAAACUUAGAUUCAAAAAUUUCAAUUAUCAGAUAUUAAUAAUAGAAUCACAGUAGCAAAAUAAAGAAAAUCUAAAACUAUUGAAUAAGUUGGAGUUUAAUAAUAUUUGGAAUAAAUUGGCAAAAGGUCUAAUUCAAUUAUGAUUCAACCUUAAAAGUCUAUACCUAAUCCAUAUUAAACUUUCUUUGAACUUGUAUAAUAAUUUAAACUAUUAAAAUCUAGUUAGUGUAGUGUGUAAAGAUAAACUCAGACAAUUUUGAUGAGAUCUAUAGUGUAAAUACAGAGAAUCUUUAUGUAGAAUGCUAAAAAGAAGGUAAACCUUAUUUUGAAUGGUAAGAUUGGAUUCAAUAGAGAUUAAAUAAAGAAUAGAAUUGA